AUGCUUCCCGAGGGAUCUUUGAGCAUUGCUGAGAGAAGAAAGCAACUGCUUGAGAAGGGUCUUGUCAUUGGUACCAACGAUCAUAGUACUAUUGCCACCAACAAAACUUCUUCACUUGAUAACGCUGCCAGAUGUAAUCACAAAAAGGAGCCAAACAUUUCAGUGAAGCCUCGAGCACCAAAGGAGCCACCCAAACCAAUCGUUGAUUUCCAACAGUUGGAACCAGGAAGUAUUCCUCCACCUCCUCCGAUCGUAGGAUCGUCCAAUCCGAAUAACCAUGAUGAUACUAAAGCUGCAGAGCCAUCCCUUUCUUCGGUUGCUCUACAAACGAAGCAACCAUUACAAAUAUCGGAAUCAACCAGUCAAAGAGUGGUGAAUGUGCCAACGACUUCUCCAAGGAGUCAUAAAACCGAUUCAGCUCUUCCAAACAACGCAGUUGUAUUGAAUGUUUUGUCCUCGAUUCCUGUUAGGCCAUCCAGCCAUAUUGAAUCCCCUCUUCAGAGUUCACCCACCCACAGCUCUUCCUCCGAUUUACAACCACUGGCACAACUGAGCCUAGCCACUGUGCCUCCUAAGGAUGAUCUUACCAAGCAAUCAUCCCCAAGAAGUAACACUGUUUCAUUCAUUGGUGACCAAAAGGAAUUGCCUUCAUCUUCGCCUCCAAAAAAAUCACCAGCCUCAACACCUUCUGCCUCUCAGCUGCCGUUACCAAAUGGUAACAGAGCCGACAGCAACAAUUUCACGGAAAAGAAAGAUCCACCCAUCGUGAUACAUUCCAACAAUAGAAGCAACAUUAUCAACACUGCUGCCACUCCUCCAACAAGUUCAGCAAAAAACAACAAUUUGUCAGUGCAAGCAACAACAACUACUCCAACACAUAGCCCAUCACAACGGCUUUCUAAUUUAGUUGUUGAAGAUAAACUUUCGAACACAAUUUCGAAUCCAAAUUACAUUUAUCCUCAGUUAAAUAAUAGCAAAAUGAUUCCUAACACCAAUAAUUACGGAAAUAAUUCGAUUCAGUAUCCAUCUGCUCCUUCAUUUGAAGAAAUAGAACACCAUUUUCCAGAGUAUCAACCUACCAUGACGAAAACUACAUCGGAUGUUGUUGUGGAAGCUCAAAUGCAAACCAUGUCACAAAACAUGUCGUUUACUCCCAUUUCCGACACAGUGUCGUCGUCAUCUUCAGAUAACUCUGACGACUACAAAAUGUUCACUCAAUUCAAGGAGUUUCUUCAAAUCCAACAGCCUCAAAGCGUGCACACGAGUGAGGAGCAGUUGUACGAAUUAUUUUUGUCAUUUAAAGAACGGUAUGAAGCACAAAAUAAUGUCUAUUUAAAUAGACAACAAGCAACAGCUGUUAUGAACCCAGGUGGUCCCCCUGUCAAUAAUCAACAACCUAUUUUACUGAAUAAGAGCAGAGUUCCUGUUAGCAGCAGCAGAAGCUCGUCAAUGGGUUCUGCAAGAUCAACUCCCACCAACCCAAACGUUUCCGAAAAGAAGAGAGACGGGUUUAAAGAUGUAAGACGAAAAUAUGAAGAGCAAUAUUUAGAACAAAUAAGGCUUCAACAAAUUAAUAGGGAUCAUUUUGCUCAGCAAUUUCAAGCACCUGUCAUGGACUACAAUGCCUUAAUGCAGAGAGAAAAUGGUGCCACCAAUAAUAUCGGAAAUUCUAACAAUUAUCCAGUUGUAAAUCCAAAUGUCAACUCAGGUGAUGUAAUAGCCAAUGGCAAUUAUAUACCUUUCAGAACAAACUCUUCAAACAACACCUCGACAACAGGCCCAACAUGGUCCGAAUAUCUCACUUUUGGAUAUUGGAAGUGA